AUGGCACCUGAGAGUUCUUUAAACGCUGAGAUGUCAAAGAAGAUAUCUUUCUUUGGUUUGAAAGGCUUGAAACUGUGGGUAUGGGUUUGUUUGAUAGUUGGAGUAUUCAUAGUGAUGAUUCUCUGCAUCUUGUCUCUGUGGAUCACAUUCCGCCGGAAAUCAAGAAGAUCUUCUUCAAGCAAGUUUCCUUUCAACCAAAUCCCACGUGUCUCUAAAGACAUCAGUGUCGACAGGGCUGGGCUUCAGAAUCCGAAUCCUCACCCUGAGAGUUUAUAUAUCUCAGUGAAUGAUAAACCCACGAUGAUGUCUCACUUGGGAAGGACCAAGUCUAGUGAUAAUGAUACUCUGAGUCGAUGUAGCUCUGUGAAUCACCAUAGCUCUCAUUCCGGUGAUGAGGAAGGAGGAGGCUUUGGAAGUGUUGGGAGACAGUAUGGAUAUGGAGGAGCUGUAACUGCUUCUCCUUUGAUUGGUUUACCGGAAAUAUCCCAUCUUGGUUGGGGACACUGGUUUACUCUUAGGGAUCUUGAGCUAGCUACCAACCGUUUUUCUGCUGAGAAUGUGCUUGGAGAAGGUGGUUAUGGAGUAGUUUAUAGGGGUAAGCUCGUCAAUGGUACUGAGGUUGCUGUCAAGAAGCUUCUGAACAAUCUAGGGCAAGCUGAGAAGGAAUUCCGAGUAGAAGUUGAGGCUAUUGGUCAUGUACGACACAAGAAUCUUGUUAGGCUUUUAGGAUAUUGCAUAGAAGGAGUUCAUCGGAUGCUUGUUUAUGAGUAUGUGAAUAGUGGAAACUUAGAACAAUGGUUACAUGGAGCUGAGAGGGAAAAUGGGACUCUCCCUUGGGAAGCACGGAUGAAGAUACUUAUUGGUACAGCACAAGCGCUUGCUUAUUUACAUGAAGCAAUAGAGCCAAAGGUGGUCCACAGAGAUAUAAAAGCAAGCAAUAUAUUAAUUGACGAUGAGUUUAAUGCAAAACUCUCUGACUUUGGGUUAGCUAAGCUCUUGGACUCGAGUGAGAGUCACAUCACUACCAGAGUCAUGGGAACCUUUGGAUAUGUGGCGCCAGAAUAUGCUAAUACAGGUAUGUUAAACGAGAAGAGUGAUAUAUAUAGCUUUGGUGUAUUGCUUCUUGAAGCUGUUACUGGUAGAGAUCCGGUUGAUUAUGGACGUCCUGCUAAUGAGGUGAAUCUUGUGGAAUGGCUAAAGAUGAUGGUUGGAACAAGAAGAGCUGAAGAAGUUGUGGAUCCAAGGCUUGAACCUAGACCGAGUAAAAGUGCUCUGAAACGUGCACUUCUCGUUUCGCUUAGAUGCGUUGACCCUGAGGCAGAGAAGCGUCCUAGAAUGAGUCAGGUUGCGAGGAUGCUUCAAUCCGAUGAGCACCCUUUUCGCGAGGGAAGGAGGAACAGAAGGAGCAGAAGCGCGAGCAUAGAGAUCGUUGAGACCAAAGAUGGAUCUCUUGAUCCUACCGUUCCAGAGACUCACAAUACAAAGCCUGAGAAGACAUGUGAAUAA